AUGUCAAACCUUUUUCCUUGCGCCCAUGUCUGGUUCCGACAAAGCCAAAUCGGAAAACUUCCUCCUCUUUAUCUCAGCAGUCGCCCCUCAGAGUCAAAGUUGAAGCAUAUGGAACACCACUGGGAUCAAGUUAUUCAACAAUAUCGCGACAUGCCCGACGAGAAAGCAUUGGAUAUCAUUAUGCUUCAAGAGGAGUUGGAAAAGGGUAUGUCGAAGGAAAAGAGAAUGGCGUUGCAGGAAUAUGUCUUUAAUAUUGAAGAUCCCGAGAGGAGAGCUAUGUUGGAGGUUUGGUUGGCGAGGUUUCCGGGAUUCAUGUUGAGGACCGACAGAUUGGUGGAUUUUGGGGUUGUGGAUACGAGGAAGAAGGCCGGGACUCGAAGUGGUUGGCAAUCAUGGCUUGAGGAGUGGAAGCUCUGA